AUCUCUAUUAUGUCAAUGGGCCCAUGGGCCUGUUUUGUAGAUCGAGCGGACCGAAAGUGCCUUUGUUUAAAUAUGUCAAUGUUUUGACGGCCAAUUCUCGCGCACCAGACACAUUUCCAGACGUCGCGCAUACACACUAGCGCAGUAAUACUACUAGUACUAGCUAUACUAGCUACCGUACCGGGUACCGUAGUCUCUUCAAAGUUCAAGUUCACGAUGUCUCACGGACACAGUCAUGGAUGCGGAGGACAUGACCACGAUCAUGAUAGCCCUGACAGAGGAGCCUUAUUCUCCCUUUACACGAAAAUUAAUACAGAAAGAUUAGAGUGUCUGAAUGAAUUGAAGGACGGAUCCGGGAAGCUGGUUUUUAAACCAUGGGACGAGCGGCUCGAUUUUUCCAAGUUUGUUGAGAGUGACGAUGAUGAAGAACUUCUUUUCAAUAUUCCAUUCACUGGCAAUGUCAAGCUGAAGGGUGUCAUUGUUAUUGGAGGAGAAGAUGAUAGCCAUCCAUCUGAAAUGAGGCUGUUUAAGAAUCAACCUCACAUGACGUUUGAUGAUGUCCAGUCUGAGCCUGAUCAAAUGUUUGAAAUGCACAGAGACUCUACUGGAGAUCUAGAGUAUGCCACGAAGGCCGCUCGCUUUUUCAAUGUCAACCACUUGUCCAUUCACUUCUCAAAAAACUUUGGAGCAGACACAUCAAAGAUCUACUACAUCGGUCUUAAAGGAGAAUUUAGUGAGGCCCCAAGGCAGGGUAUUUUGCUGGUGAGUUAUGAAGCACAAGCCAAUCCUAAAGAUCAUAAAACAGAUCUACAUGACAACGUCCAACAUCAGAUUAGAUAGUCUCCAAUCUCCAGACCAAGCAAGUUAGUUUACUGACAUAGUUUAUGGAAAUAUUAUUUGUAUUAUGUAAUUUUUUGUAUUUUUUUAUGGUAAUCAUUUCAUCUGGCUCUGUUUAAAUCAUUGAAAGUUUUUUUCAAUACCAAUUUAAAUUGUUUCUUUAUUGAAUUAUUAAUCCUGGACAAAAAUGAUAUUAUUGGAAUUAAUAGAGUAAAAUUGAAAAGGCAAACCACUUCAAGUUUCAUCAAAGCCAGAUGAAGAGCAACAAGAAUAUGAUACUUCUAAGUUUUGUAUUAUUUUGAUGAAACAGUUUGAUGCAUUUCAUCAGGAAUUGCAAUGAAUUAUGGAUGAUGUAAUAUUUUUUUCUAUUAAAAAUAUUAUGCAAUUUUAAUAUUCCAAGUGUCUGUAAAAAGAUAGUGAAAAAGAUUGAUUGUUAUAAAAUGGUGUUGUGGAUCCUGAUGAAGUGACUGAAAUCUGUAUUUAUUUCUUGAGUUUUUCUUCAAGAACUUCAUUAAUGCUUCUAAAGAAAACUUUAUUAGAGUUUAAAAACGUUCAAAAUAUACCAUGAUUGGUAUUAUUCAAUUAUGAAUCUUUUACUGGAAUUUGUGAAAAUUGUAAAGUAGAAACUCACAAUUGUCUGUAGUUGCGACGUUUCACCAACCACUAUUGGCUUCAGCAGGCGAAUGAAGCACCAGCACUUCAAUUUUACUGGAUGAAUCAUAACAUUCAUGGAUUUAUAGUUAUACCAUGAUUAGUGUUUAAAAAUUCAAUGGGGAAAACAGUUAUUUCCUUAUCUUGAUAUUUACAAUAGUACCAGACCGGUCUAGGCAUAAUGGAAAUAAUGCACAGCCAACCUCAUCAGAUUUUCAACUUUAAACAUUUUGUCUGAAAAAUAUCACAUUGCAUUUGAAUUUUUUUGUUUUUGUUGAAAACAAGGUAUCAAAUACCGUUAUUUUUUUGUUAAGAGAAUAUGUGUGAAUAUGUGUUAUCUGUGUAUUAUGAAUACACUCAUGAUUGCGAGGAAGGCAGUUAAUAGAGGACUGUCUUGUAUGACAAGUUCUAACAUGCAUCGGGCAGUCUUGAUACGUACUACCUUUUGAUAAAACAAUUGAACAGUUAUUGUGACUUGAUGUAAGGGCCAUUUCAGUUUUCUUUCGCCUGCAUAGCAGAAGCAAGACAAAUAUGCAGGUUUUCCGAUGUCAAUGGCAUCGUCAACAUGAAGUCAUUACCAAGGUUGUUUAUGCCGAAACAUAACUUUGGCAGCUAGUGUAAGGAGUCAUUUCUUGAAUCUUAGUCAAGUAUUAGUUGAUCAUGUGACAUAGGUUUCAGGUCACAAAGUCUCUGUUUCUAAGAUAAUUCUCAAAUUAUAUACAUAGAUUAAAAAAAAAAAAUUCUCAAAGUGUACUGAUAAGCUCAUUAUAAUGGGCAAGUCACUCAAGUGUCUGAAAACGGAUGAAUCUUGGGGCAUGAUAAUAACCCAUAAACCCAUAUUCUCAAAAGAGGUUUUAAUUGUACCAUAGUACAAAACUAUGGACUAUGCAGAUUUAUUUCAUUAACAUGCUUCAUUUUAAGCGCACUUUGUCGAAAGUGCGCAUUUAAUUGGAUUUAACUUUGUGUACGCGAUGAAAUAAGCAUAAUAAUCUUAAAAAUCUGCAUGCUCCAUGUUACAAUCGAAACCUCGUUUGAGAAUACGUGCCAUAAUGGUUCUGAUCUGAUGCUUUUCAUAAAAUAUGAAUCAUAUUGCAUUUAUGCCUGUAUCUUCAAUGUGUCUGUUAAUAAACCAUUGCAUAGUAUGUUCAUGUACAUAUUACAAUGAUGAAUGCUUCUCAGAAGAAA